AUGGCUGAGGACUUGCCCCAGGGCGAGAUAAUCGGGAUCGUGAUUGGGGCCAUUGUGCUGUUUUCCAUUAUCAGCAUCGUUCCCAUAGUCAUUAUGUGGCAUCAUCGACGAAGGGCAGCCAAUCGUAGUGCAUCGGGCACUCACAACCGCACUAUAUCCAUGCGAGAGCCUUCCGUGGAGAGAUGGCUUGCGGAACAAAACCCCAAUAGCGACCCCGAGCAAUACGCCCAAGACAUUUGCCCCAUCUGUCUUUCAUCCUUGUCAUCAUCCCCAUAUCUCGCCGACCCCGAACCCGUUCACUUGGCUGGGCAACCGGGUCUCUCUCCCGCUCGUUCGGAGGAUUCGUGCUCGUGCGGGGCAAGAGACGCGCGUCGCGAUAGCGGCAUUCUCGUUUUGAAUCGCUGCCAUCAUGCUUUUCAUUUCUCUUGUCUUACAUCUUGGUUCGAAUACAGACGGUAUCAGUGCCCUAUCUGCCAAGCUUCGUAUUCACCCGCCAAAGCGGUCCGAAGAUAA